AUGACAUGCGUUGAAUGUAAGAACAAUCCAUCUAAAUACAAAUGUCCGAUGUGCAAAGCUGGAUAUUGUUGCGUGAAUUGUUUUAAGAUACAUAAAACUCACUGUCCUGGUAAAAUCCAAGAAAAUCAAAAAAAUAAUCAACAAGAAGUGAAAGAAAUUCCGUCUUUUGAAGUAUUUCGAUCAAACGAAAAGAUAUUAAAAGCCUUGGGUGAUCCUCGGCUUCAGAAAAUCAUUUCUCGAAUUGAUUCUGCUGAAGAUCGCGAAGCUGAUCUAGUCAGAGAGUUAAAUAUCAAUCCAGACUUCAAAGAAUUCGUCGAUAAUCUACUAGAUACAAUGCCGGAAACAAUUCAACCAUAA